UGGACUUAGCUCCACAUGGGUGCAGGUCUACCAUCACUUGUCAGAGCAGCUGUGGCUGAAGCCGGGGAACAUGGCUGAGGAUGUGACUGUGUCAGAGGAGACUUUAACAAGUGGUCUGACUCUGCUGGUCAACUUGGGCAAAGUUCUCCUGCAGAAAGCCAAGGAGGAUGCAGCAGUCUCCCUGCAGAACUUAGUCCCACAUAAGAUCUCCACUUUGUUUGGCCUGAUCUCGGCUGGAGGAGACCUCUACAGAAGCCUUGGAGUGAAAACGAAGUCUGAAGCAGAGGCCAUUUGGAAGAAGUUCUACCACCAUGCAGAAGUCAGAGAGCAGGUUGAGGAGCUCAUGCAGCUGGAGACUGAGUGGGACUCCUUCCUGGAGAGUGUGGACACAGGCCUGCAGACUUCACAGGAGCAGCUGCCAGUAGCAAAGACAGGAGACAGCCUGAGCCCUGAUAUUGCGUUCACAGAUGCACGGAGUGGAGAGAGUGUGACUCUGGGUCAGUACCUGAGCCAGGGUCAGAAGCUGCUGCUGGUUCUCAUCAGACAUGUUGGAUGACUACCGUGACGAGACCACGUGGCCGAGCUGGAGAAGAGUCAGACUCUCCUGGAGGCUCGGUCAGUGCGGGUCUUGGUGGUGUCUUUCGCCAGCAUGGAGGGAGCUAAGGUGUGGUUGGAGCAGACUGGAUCUACCUUGAAUACGGUGCUGGAUCAACAGAGAAAGGUCUACAGGAGGUUUGGCCUCGGCUCAUCCUACGCCAAAGUGAUGAAGUUCAGCAUCCUGCUACAGUACUCAGAGUACGGAGUUGUCAACAGAGACUUCCCUGACAUCCCUCCUCGUCUGCUCGAAGACAUCUAUCAGAUGGGAGGAGACUUUUUGCUAGACGAAGCAGGGAAGGUGCUUCUCUGUCAUACAUGUAAAACCCCUCUGGACAGGCCGACUGUGACAGACAUCCUGCAGGCUGCUCAGCAUUAAAAUAUCAACGUACGGACCAAAAGCUGUGAAAUCUGCAUGUUAGCAUGUGGACGCUGAUCAGGGGUUCAAGAGGUUAAAAACAUCACUGACACCACAGAGGAAGAGCAGCUCUUUGACUCACGUUGAUGACGUCGCGUCUCACACUCAUGACAUCAUGAAGAGAUGUGACUGAUGCUGAACUGUGAGGCAAAGACAACUGCUCUUCUUUGUUGUGUCAGAGUUGUGAUGGAAGCAUUAAAGAAGUAGUGAAACUGAAUUUAAUUAGCGCUUGAUUUUGUAGUACAUAUAUAUAUGUGUGUGUAUGUUAUUAAAGUAAAAAAGACACUGAUUUGCUUUAGCAAUUUUACCAUUAAAGGUGCAUCAGGUUUAGUGGUCCCAAGAGGUAACAUUUUUAAUUUUGAAGGGUACCAAUGAUUUCAUUACCAAAUACUUUAGCAGUACAAUGCUACAGCUGACUACUUAAUCAAAGUAAUUAUCUUCCUUUUGAAGGAAAAGUUCAAGAAAAAUAUUUUAAUCUUUUAAUGCAGAUACAUUUUUAGAUAAAAUUGUACUUGGAUAUUUUUAAAAUGGGGAAAACAAAGAUGUAAUUGCUGAUAUGUUGUACACUGAUCUUUUAUAUCUUUAAAUAAAAUACUAUCAUUUUUCAUGAA